AAUUUUUUUUUCAGAAAUCUCCAAUAGUUUUGUGGUUUUAAGUGUUACAAGGACCGGUCUCAGGAAUGUAACUUCGUGAGAUUUGUAUCAUGUAUUUGGUUUCUCUGAAAGCUGAGUCGGUCCUGAUCACGAGAGGGUUAAUAUUACCGAGAGCGACGUAAAGAGAUAGUGGGAAAUGGACCAUGAAAUCUUGUAGAGCAUAAGAAAUAGAGUCAUAAACAACACAGGAACGAAAUGGAUUCGGAAGCAGAGUCGUCAGAUGUUGUAAGUGACUCCGUUGAGAAGGCCAGUGGCAGUGUUGGAGAGAGUAAUGGAGAGUCUUCAGCAAAGAGGCCCAGAGUAGACAUUAAUUCUUUACCAACUCGGCAGUACCUAGACCAAACUGUAGUGCCGAUCCUCCUGCAGGCAGUUACGCAACUCAAUAAGGAAAGACCUGGAGAUCCUAUAGAAUGGUUGGCAAACUACCUCCUAAAGAAUAAACCGCAGUUUACUAAUGGCAACUCCAACAGCUCGUAAGAAAGUACAAAAUCAUGUGAUUGAAGUAUUGCAGAGCAGGAGGCGGCCCCUAGUUCAAAAAACAACUACCUAACAUUAACGUAUUUACUUGGAUAACAGUUUCUACAGACUCAUUGCUGCCUUACAAAAAAAAAACUCCAGAACAAUCGAUAAAGCAAAGAGUAUUAUUGCCCCCUAGGAAAAGUGAUGGUCUGGGGGGAAUAUGUAUCAUGGGGAGAACUCUCAUUGCUUGGGUUUUGCCAGGCGACAGAGGUUAAUGCUGCUUUCAGAAACGGCUACUUUAUCCCCUUGAGAAGCCUCACUUAGGACUGCCAUUAAGUUAAUAACUUAUUGUGUGUUUACUUGUUAAGGUGUUUUGCAGUUUUGUUUAGAAACCCUUUUCUUCAUUUCAUUUGUCACUUAUUCUCACUUUUUUUUUUUUUUUUUU